GGAGUCCAGCGGCCAUGGACCUAGGGGCAGUGACCAUCUGCGGAGAAGCGACCAUCUUGCACGGCGGGUUCCUGCUGGCGUCCAGGCUGUGCCACCCCAAGCCGUUGUCGGAGCUGGCCAAGUCCGAUUGGGGCAAAGUGGGGAAGCCCAUCAUCGAUGCCCUGCAGGAGAUCUGCACCUCGUAUUCCGCCUACCCGCCGCAGCCCAACGCUUGGAAGAAGAAAGCGGCCGUCAUCCUCUGGUCCAAAAUCCUCCUCUCGGACGCCUCGGCUCCCUCCGCUGACCAGAGGUGGAAAGACGAUGUCUUCUUCUCGGUGAGCAGCAUGAUCCCGGAGGUCAACCACACCGUCCUCUUUGAGCUGUUCAAGGCGGUGAACGCCCCCCGGCUGUUUGUGCAGCUCCUCUUGGUGCUGCCGGAGCACGUCAGCCAGAGGGAGCUGGAGACCUUCGUCAGAUACGUCACCAACGAGACCACUUCGGAGGACGUGUCUUUCUUCUUGGACGUCUGGUGGGAGAUUCUGAAGCACAAGGAGGGGCAGGAGGACCGGCUGACCUUGCUCUUUGGCGUGGUCUCUCGCCAGCACCUCUCGGACCCCGACGAGACCCCCCACGUCCCCAAGCGGUUCAAGAGCGAUGCCCCCGAGCCUCCCCAGAUUGCCAGCCUCCUCCUGGCUUUAAUGGAGGGGCUGCAGCGGAUCAAAGAGAGCAUUGGCCCCGCCAGGAUGAAGUGUUACGCCCUCGCCAACCUAGUGGACGUGCUUUCCGUCUUGGUUCCCGCCGAGAGCGAGCCGGCUUCGCUGUCUGCCCAGGUUUACCUGGACAAGAUUUCGUCCGUGGUCACCCUCUGGAGUAGAGACUGCGAGAACCGGUACAGCAAGAGGGGGUUGGGUGAGAAGGUGAAGGAGGCAGAGAGGAGCGUCAGUUCGCUCAACCUGGCCAAGCUGUGGAGCAGCCCGCUGGUCAGCCACCUGGGCCUUCUGCAUUCCUUGCUGGAAGAGUGGUCGGUGGAACUCCAGGGACUCCUCAACAACCCCCAGGAGAUCUGCUACGAGAGCUACCGGUUUCUCGACAGCCUGGACUCCUUGGGGAAGAAUUUGACCGGUUGUGCCAAGCUGGAGGACCUGGACAAGGGCAUGGCACAGGGGAUGUUGGAGCUGGGCGGCCUGAUUGGGAGCUUCUUAAAGAAGGUCAACCCCCAGGUGAGGGGAAAGAAUUCGGACAGCACCCUCGUGGCGUCCGUGGCCAUGGUGAUCAUUGAACAGAAGAUGGAGCGGCACAUGGAGGUGUGUUCCAUCUUUGCUUCGGAAAAGAACUGGGCGUCCACUAAGGACUGGGUGGCUUGCCUCGUCAAGAACAAAGAGCUGUUCCAGACGCCGGAGCUGGUCUUGAAAUUGCUGGAGACCGCGGCCUCUUUGGGCACCGCCGCUGAUUCUGCCAAGAGCCAAGAGCAGCAGGCAAAAGCAACCAACGUCAUCCUGGACUGUUACACGGAACUUUCGUUGCUGGAUAAGAACGUGGUGAUUUCUGGCGUCUUGUCCCGGUGGGGCAGGCAAGGCCUCUCUGGGGUCUUGCAGCCUUUUGGGAAAGGCUUUCCAGAGGAGCUCAAUAUCACUUUCAACCAGAUCAUCCAGAGCGCUUCUGGAGAAGGCUUUGCCAAAGUGGUGAACUCGGUGUCCCGCUCAGCCAUACUCAACCCCGAAGCAACGGUCAAGAAGAUCUGUAACUUGGCCGUGGCCAACUUGGGAACGCACCAUUUCCUGGCAGAGAUCCUCUGUUCUUUCCCGGCUCUCAACUUCAAGGAACUUCACGGUCAGGAUGAGAAUACCAGCCUCAUACUGGGAUGCUUGAAAGAGACGGUCACGGACAAGGUGUCCUCCACCAAGGAGAAGGCACAGUUCUUGGAGUUCCUGGUGUGCCUCAUGCAGCCGAGUGGGGCCAGCCCUCUCCUCGAUCCAGCGGAGGUGACCCAAAAUCUCGUCAUUCCUUUCCUGAGAUCGGACUUCCCUCACCUUGAGCUGUGCCUGCAGAUCCUGGACGUGGCCUUGAAGGUGCCUCUGCCUUCGGACCAGCACUGGAUCCACACCUGCCACCCGUUCCCGCUCAUCUUCUGUCUCUGCAAGCUCCUCCACGAAUUCACUCGCUACUGGCACGAGCCGCAGGACCGGCACAGCUACUCGCUGGAGACCAAAGACAUGGUGGCUGGCAAUCUGGCGCAGCUCUGCGACAUCCUCUUGGUCCAGAAGGACUCCGUGUCUCCGGAGCUGUGGGGCCAGUCGGUCGCGUGGCUGCAUAAGAAGGCGGAGGCCUUGGACUGGACCAUCGGUCUCCGUCUGAAGAAGGUUUAUGGAGAGCACUUCAAAAACGAGGUCCCGGCUACACUCUUCGAGGUCUGUAAACUCCCGGAGGAUGAGUGGACCUCCCGUUCCCUCCCCACGUAUGGGGCGGGGAGUGGGCUCCUGGCGUGGCUAGAGUGCUGCUGCGUCUCCACAGCCGUGAGGGAGCAGAUGCUCGUGCUCCUCAAGAUUAACAUGGACAAUCCCGAAGAGGUCAACCUGUUCAGCAAGGGCUUUUUGCUCGCCAUGGUCCAGGUGUUCCCGUGGUGCAGCCAGAGCGAGUGGAGAAGGCUCGUCCACGUCAUCAAGAGCCUCUUGGACAGAGAGGUCCUCUAUGUGCCUUACUCUCUAGAAUACGUUCAGCACCUGCCUUUGCUGAACUUCCAGCCUUUUGCCUAUCACCUCCAGUUCUCGGUGCUUCUCUUGCGGGGCUUUCAGUUCCUGUGCAGUUCGAGUGGCGCCACGUGGCUGCCCGGGGAGGCGUGGAAACACGUGGCGAGGCUCUACUGCCUCAGCCUCUCAGAUUUGCUGGGCUCCGUCAAGGGCGUUGCCCGUUGCCAGUGGCACCCCACGGAGGAGAAGAACAUGACGCGGGAAUUGUCCUUUGUUUACAUCCAGAUGUUUUGCCACACGCUUCACGUGGCAGCCAUGUUGCCGGAGAGUACCGGGGAGCCGCUCCUGCUCCUCUCCCUGGAGAUCCUCUCCCAGUACCAGAUGCUCUGUGAAGCGGACGAGUCCCUCGGCAGGGCCCUGCGGAAGGCCAACGAGAAGCACUUCCUGGAGUCCAUCGCGGAGAACGUCACCAACAAGGAGCUGCGCACCAUGCUCCAGCAGAAGCUGAGCAAGCUGUGAACGUGGACGUUGGUUGGGAAAGUGUGCGGCCAGAUUUCCUUUCGGCGUGUGCUGAAGCCGGAAGCCCGGGCUCGUGUCAAGCUCAGGAUGAAAAGAUGUCAGCGUUUUGUCCAACAAAAGAAUGGGGCAGACAGUGGGAAAUUUCACGAGAUCUAUAAUAAACCUCUAUCUCUCUUCUCAUGUUUGAACUGGCUCCUGGCUGAUACACAAGGUGUCAUUGCUCGCCUCUGGACAGAGCAUGUUCAGUAGUCAGAAGAGGGCCAGAAUGCGUAGCUGGUUCCACCUCAAGGGUGGAAGCUAUGCAGACGUCGUUUUUUGGAACAAAGUUUGAGUCCAGUGGGACCUUUU